GACGCGGCAGGGCCUGCACCAUUGACGGGGGCGGAGCGCAGCGCCCCUCCACAGCCUGCAGGGCGGCAGGAGAGAGCCGGGAGAGGAGUCGCGGAGAGCCGGGGAUGAGCCAGUUCUGGCACAAGAUCGGCUGCUGCGUGGUGGCCAAGCCCCCGCCGAAGCGGAAGAGGAGGAGGAAGAUCGACCGCAGUAUGAUCGGAGAGCCCAUGAACUUCAUGCACCUCACGCACAUCGGCACCGGGGAGAUGACGGAGGGGCUGCCUUCGUGUGGGCCGGUCCAGGAACAGAUGAGGUCAAAGGGUCCCAGCGCCAACGGCCGACGGAGCCUGUUAUAGCUGGAUCCAGGACCGGUCCGUGGAGCCUGUCCCCUCCCAUCUUGCCCCUGGCCCGACCCGACUCCACCCGACCGACCGCUGAAUAGCACUUAGAAGCCCGGAUAUCCACAGUUCCCACCCACCCCCCUCCUCAGACCAGCGUUCAUCUGGCCUUUACUGGACUAUAGGAAAAUUAAGUAUUAAGCCUCUUGAUUAAUCCAGGUCUCUAAGGGAGACGUGGAUGGACAAUUUGUGUGUGUGUUUUUUUUUUUUUUUUUUUUUUUUUAGAGGAAAGUAUUCUCAUGUUUCUGAAGCUGGAGUCGAAAAGUGCCAGUGUUGUUGCGUUUUUUAUUUCUGUGGGAGAUUCGAUUAGAAACCGGAAUUUCUUGCUUAUAAGAUCCGUGCCUGGACUUCUCGAGAUCCUCAAAAGAGCUUGCCCACAUAAGGGGUCGUCGGAAAACUCCACACCGUUUCCCCAGCUGAAAAACCAAAAGGGGGGAAAAAGUGUUUUUCUGGAGGGGAAAAAAAUGAGGAUGCUCCCUUGAAUCUCAACAUCAAGGGCUUGUAUACAACACACACGCGUGUGUGUGUGUGUGUGUGUGUGUGUGUCUGUGUGGUCUCUCUCUGCCAAACAAGUUUUUGUGCGUUUGGUUCAAGAUGUAUUUCAAGUUUGUGUACUAGAGUCACGAUUUCACUUGUACCUUUGAAAAGAAAUGUGCACGACUGCAUCGAUUUAAUUGUUUCCACCGCCGACCACCGGCAUUAUCAGUAUUGCGGUUUGAGGCCUUGCGGUUUGAGGUCUGGAUUUUGUUUUUUAAUUGAAAGAGCUUUGUUGUAUUCCUGCUCCUUCUCUCCGUAUGACAUCAGCACCCUGCCACACCAGACGUCGAGCCUCCGUUCUCCACUGAUCUAGGAUCAGCUUUCCUCCCCGCCCAGUCGUGACCGCAACCACUCAAGUCAGAGAUGGCCGCUGAUCUGGGACCAGCCCGCGGUGGUCGAGUAGUCUUAUCGUCCCUCUUCCAAACAAAAGGCCGCCUUUGUUUGCCGUUCCAUAAAUUAUCGUAUCCCUGCAGCUUUCAGAGAAAGCGGCUUUGUGUUAAAUGUUUGUAUGGGUGGGUGCAAAUACAAUUGUUUUUUUUUUUUUUUUUUUUUUUUUUGAAUGAUUAUAUUUCAGCUGAGAGUCUGAAGUCCUCCUCCACGUUCCGCUGAAACUAGUGGCAGAGAUUUCGGGGAAACCUCGGCCAGUCUUGCGGAAAAUUAAAUUAAAGCUUCUGGAAAACGCGCAGACUGCGUACGGCUCCACGCGCUCCUGCACCAAAUUUGGUCGCUGAGUUUCACUGGUGGGAACCGGAUUGAACCAGAUUAAACCAGGACUUGAUUUGCCGCCCGAAAUGUAAAGCCGGUUGCUGUCACUUCAGCCAGUGCUUACACGAACAAAUGCCAGACUGGUGUCCUUAUGGCGUAAUUUAAAUACAAACCCUUUACAAAGGUCUUAUGAAGUGUAACUUCUGAGCCCUUCGUGGAGGUAGUAUUGCAGUAUUUUCAUUGAGGAAGACCUUAAGUAUUUCACUUGUAAGUCGUGAAAGGAGUUGUGCCGAUGAAGCAUCUGUGGAUCCAGGAUUAUAAUGCAGGAUGUGAGGAUAUGGACAGGGGAUCACUGAUCUCAGAUCAGUCGUGUCCUCCUGAUGGGUUAUGAGUACAGGACCGUGAUGGAGGAUGUAAGCUACAGCGUGUUUUUUUUCCCUGUAGCUCCUAAUGGGUAGCACCGGGGACAAAAACACGGAAAACUGGUCCCGGAUACAAUCCGAGGUGCUUUAUGAAUACAGGAUUUGGUGACUUUAUUUUGGACCUGGACUGUGAAAGGUAGCUCUUUUCUGAACUACGGUGUGUGUGUGUGUGUGUGUGUGUAUUAAUAUUCAUGCCGUUAGAAUCUAUCCCAGAGUUCCCUGCUUCUCAGCAGGUCUUGAUAUAUGGAGCUCCCGACACCCCUGAUUUCAGACCGUAUGCCUUGAACCCCACAUUUCAGCAUAUUAUGGGGUGUUCCCUUCGUUCACACGACAGCGAAGAGCCCUGUGAAUCCACUGGAGAAGUGAUCGUUUUUGGCAUGCCAUUGUAAACAUUUCAUUUUAGUUUUUUUAGUUUUCUUUCCUCCCCACAAUGGGACUGUAAUGACCUUCUUGUACUUUUGCAGUAAUUCCAUGUCUGCAGGUAUGUAUGAUUGACUGCAAGCAGAAUAAUUAUUCCACUUUGACUAUUGGCAGAAGUGUGUGGGUUUUUUUUUUUUUGGUUUUGUUUUGUUUGUUUUGGUUGUCUUGGGAUGUGUAAGAAAGAGAGAGAGAGGUGUUCCGUCGGUGGGAGAAGCUGACCUUUGACCUUUGACCCUUCUCCUCUGUACACGCAGACUGAAUAAAGCCCAGCCCAGGA